AGGGCGGUGUUACGCAGCAUCAUCGGAGCUUGUCGUUUUAUUGUACGGCUGCUGAUGCUGAGAGGUCGCGCUGAGAAAUAUGUAGGACCAUGAUUGCGGAUCUGAGGUUUGGGGACCGUGGCACAUCGUGGCGGAUUGUUUUUUAGGUUUUCUGACUACAAGGAUAAUGAGGAAAAGACGGAACUGGGAACGUCAGUGUAACUUGAAGUGAUGGAUACUAAGAGCGUUUGAGGAACCCCUACAUCUGACCCAAUGGCAAAGAAAGGCCGCGCCAAGGGCGAGAAGCCUGAAGCGCUCAUCUCUGCCUUACAGGCAGCCAAUGAAGAUCUCAGGUCUAAAUUAACCGACAUUCAAAUUGAACUGCAUCAAGAAAAAUGCAAGGUGACCAAGUUGGAGCGAGAAAAGGUGCAGGAAGGCAAGCGCAUUCGCGAACAGGAGCAGCAUCGGCAUACGGUGACGCUGACGGAGCAACGGGCCCGAUGGCACGAAGAGAAGUUAAAGGAACUCGCAACUCUGCGGGAAUCGCUAACGCGACAGCACGAGCAGGAGCUAGCCCGCACCGCUAAGAUUAAAGAAGGCGAGAUCCAGCGUUUGCGGACUGCGCUCAGUGCGCUGCGCGACGGCAGCGGGGAGAAAGUACGUACCGCGCUGACGCUGGAAGCUCGAGAGGAAGCCCGCCGCUUCUUUGACCAGGAGCGAGUAAAGCUGCUGCAAGAAAUAGCGGAGCUGAAAUCCUCCAAACGGCAGACGGAUGAAGCGCUGAAUACUAUGAUUAUAGCCGACAAGAUGAAGGCAGGUGACCUGCGCACUGAACAUCAAGCGCACCAGGAGCAGAUCUCCAAGAUCAAGUGGGACUGCGAGCGAGAUAUUCGUCGAUUGGUGGAUGAGAUCAAGUCAAAGGACCGGACGAUCUUCUCACUGGAGAAAGAGCUGGAAACAGCGACAGGCUUCGUGCAGAAGUUGCAGCUGCAGAAGGACGCGCUCGAUGAGCAGCUGUUUCUGGUGAAAGAGGCCGAAUGCAACCUGGGAAGCCCCAAAAGGGAGAUCCCCGGCCGUGCUGGAGAUGGAGCGGAGCAUUGUGGGAGUCCGGACAUGAGAAGAAACCAGAAACGCAUGAGUGAACUCAAAGCCACCAUUCGUAAGCUGGAGGACCGCAAUACAAUCUUAGUGGAUGAAAGAAAUGAGCUGCUGAAGCGCAUUCGAGAAGCAGAGAAACAGUGCAAGCCGUUACUGGAGAAGAACAAAUUAUUAAGUAAGAAAAAUGAUGAACUCAGCCAGUCCCUUCAGAGGAUGGAGGAUAAACUGAAAUCCAUUACCAAGGAGAACCUGGAGAUGAAGGAAAAGAUCACCUCCCAUCCUCCACUGAAGAAACUCAAGUCUCUGAAUGAUCUGGAUCAGGCCAGCGAUGAUCAAGAGAUUGAAUUCCUCAAGCUGCAGGUUCUCGAGCAGCAGAGCAUGAUCGAUGAGCUGACACGGGAUAGAGAAAAACUCCUGAGAAAGAAGAGGCAUAAACGAAGCAGACCUAUAAAGAGGCAUAUUGUUGUAGAUACAUUUUAUGGGUAUGAUGAAGAGUCCAUGGAUUCGGAAACUUCCUCCGUGGCUUCCCUGCGCAUGGAUCGAACCCCGGCUACACCAGAUGAAGAUUUAGCUGAGGGUCUGGCGGCUGAAGAGUCUGAAUUGCGCUUUAAGCAGUUGACACGGGAAUAUCAGGCUCUUCAACGAGCCUAUGCCAUCCUGCAGGAGCAGAAAGGAGGUGUGCUGGACGCUGAAAUGGAGGCUAAGGCUCACGAGCAGCUCCAGGCAGACGUUCAGAGGUAUAAAGCUAAAAUCGAAGACCUGGAAAAUGAGCUUGCUUUAAAAGGACAGGACUCCAGAUGGGUGGAAGAGAAGCAACUGUUCCUCAGGCGCAAUCAGGAGCUGCUGGAGAAGGUUGAAAAGCUGGAUAAUGAAAACGGAAAGCUGCAGCAGGAACUACAGGACUCUAAAGAUCAGAAUGAACUCCUGGAGUUUCGCAUACUCGAGCUGGAGGAGCGUGAAAGGAGAUCGCCUCCGUUCACCCUUCAAAUCCAUCCUUUCGCUGAGGGAGUGAGCGCGCUACAGAUCUACUGUAUAAAGGAGGGCGUGAAGGACGUGUGUAUACCAGACCUCAUCAAGCUGCUGGAUAUACUAGGGGACAACGGGAACUUGAGGAAUGAGGAGCAGGUGGCCAUUAUUCAAGCCAGUACUGUGCUGUCGCUCGCUGAGAAGUGGAUUCAGCAGAUUGAAGGUACAGAAGCAGCUCUGCAUCAGAAGAUGAUGGACCUGGAGCUCGAGAUGGAGAUGUUCUGCAAACAGAAGGGUUAUCUGGAGGAGGAGCUGGACUACAGGAAACAGGCGCUGGACCAGGCCUAUAUGCAAAUCCAGGAGUUGGAGGCGACUUUGUACAACGCACUUCAGCAAGAUAAAGUCAUCAAAUACGGAGAACCUCUGGACGAGCUGCAGAAGGACGAGUUACGCACGGCCGUGGAGAAACUCCGCCGACAGAUGCUGCGUAAGAGCAGAGAAUAUGACUGUCAGGUGCUGCAGGAGAGGAUGGAGCUGCUCCAUCAAGCCCAUCAGAGGAUCAGAGACCUGGAGGACAAGACCGACAUUCAGAGGAGACAGAUUAAAGAUCUAGAGGAGAAGUUUUUAUUUCUCUUUUUAUUCUUCUCUCUUGCCUUCAUUCUUUGGCCUUGAUGUCUGUGACAUCUCCUGCAGAGGAUUUGAUGCAACCUGGAGCUGUCGCAUGCAACUGCAGUCGUCCGGUUGUACUGACUCAAGGUGUAUUAGUGGCUGUUUUGUUUUGCUUGUGUGGAAGUGGGAAAUUCAGAGUUAAUGAUUCUGGACGUCAUUGGGAUUAUCUGCACUGGAUUCAACCUCUGAGGAACGCUUGAAAUCACACUUACAGAUCAGUACUUAAAACAAGUACAAAACAUACUUGUCAAACCCAGCUAGAGGAUUAUAAAUUAUCUCUGCCAUGCAGGGACCCGUCACGACCACGUCUUUACUGCAUCUACAGCGACCGCUACCGAACAGAACCCGCAGACCUCUUUCUUUCUCACUCUGUCUGUCUGUCUGUCUCUCGUCCCACACACACUUUGGGAAAUUAGAAGCGAAACGGACGCCUUGCGGACACACACACUCACACACAUCCUCUCGCAGGAGUUAUGGGUGCUGACUCAGGGCCUGUUAGUGAGGUGACUGUCGCAUCUCUGUUAUCAGGACCCCGUAGGAGAGGUGUCUUCCUCACUGCCUGAACACAGAAAGGACAAUGAGACAGAUUGAGAGAGAAAGCGAGACCAUCCACUACAAACCAUCCACACGAGCAGUUUUCGUUUACCCCUAGAAAGUUGAGUAGACUACUGCAACCUGAAAAACUUAUUCUGAGCAGCCUGGUUUUUAAUAUAUUUUUUUUAAAAUUAUUCCUCAAACUGGGCCUCAUUCCUCCAUCACAAGCUAAAUUUGAAUGUAAAUCAUUCUUAAAAACAUUCUUAUGUAAAGGUGGCGCAGCAAAACUGUUUGCACAAUGUGACAGUUCAUGCAACCAAAACCAUUUUUGACCUAACACGUGCUACAGAACUUUUCUUUUUUAUUGUGACAUACAUUUUAGUAUACUUGUAUAUACUUGUUUUUAUGGAUCAGUUGUUAAUUGGAUUUUGAGACGAGGGCAUUGGACUUGAAUAAAUGAGCUUGCAGUCGAUUGUAAAAAAGGAGCAGGGUUUAAACCGACUAUACGAUUGGAGAAAUUCUGCAUACGUUACCAGAGAAAAGUCUGACAAUUCACUGGAAGAUCCAGCUAUGACAUUUUGAUUAAAAAAUGGCGAGAUUAAAAAAAAAGUAAAAAUAAAACACAUACAUACAGAAGCUUGUUUCCACCGCUGAAUAAAAAAGGUUAUUGGGAAUUUUUUAUCUCUGUCUUUUUCUCGCAAUAGCGCGAUAUAAACUUGCACUUCUGACCUUUUUUCUCAAAAUUUUCAUUUUCAUUAUUAUGAGUUAUCAAGUUUAUAUCCUGCAAUUCUGGAUUUAUAACACAGAAUUGCGAGUUAGUCAGUUUAUUUCUUGCAAUUAUGGUUUUCCUUCAAAUAAAGAGAAAAUUCUGAGAACAAAGUCAGAAUCAGACUUUAUAACAGUUGUGAGUUUAUAUCACAAUUCUGAGAAAAGUCAGAGUUGUGAGGAAGAGUCAGAAUUUUGAGAUAUGAACUAAACUUAAAACAAAAAGAGUCCUAAUUGUGAGUUUAUAUUUGCAAUUCUGACUUUUUUAUUGCAAUUGCUUUUUUAUCAUAAUUUUCUCAUUAUAUCAGAAUUGCAAGAUAUAAACCUGCAAUUGCAUAAAAAGUUAGAAUUAUGAAUUUUAUCUCGACUUUUUUUCUCAGAAUUUAGGCUUUUUUUUUUUUACACAAUUCUGACUUUAUUUCUCACAAUUCAGACUUUUUUCACACAAUUCUAAUUUUAUUUCUGAUAUAAAAAGUCAGACUUGUGAGAAAAAAGUUCUAAUUACUGAAAAAAAAAAAGUUCUGUGGUGGAAACCGUCUUCCAUAUAUACAUGAGUGAAUCACUGGCAAUAAGAUAUACAACCGAAUUUUUAUUACUUAAACUGUUCUCAUGUAAAUUAUUGAACCACAUGCCGGUUAAAAUUAGUUUUUUCAUAAACUGUCACACCAUGUGUGUUUAUGCAAGUAAAACCAUUCACGUGCGACAGUUUAUGAGAGUUAAACUGUUCUUGUGUAAAUUGUUAUACCACGUGAAUCAAAACAUGUUUAUCCUUAAAUGUUACACCGUGUGAGACCACUCUUUAGAAAACGGUCACAUCUUGCAACAUUUUUGCAAGUAAA